UUUUGACACUUCCGUGUUUGCUUCAAUUCUGGAGCCAGAUGCUACGUCCACUAUAUAUACAGUCUAUGAUUAUUUUUGGUUUUUCGAUGAAAAUCUCUUAAGUCAAUAUGUAAACAACGUGCUUCCGGUCUCUGACCAAUCGCAGGACUCCUCCCUCUGACGUCUCGGCUCUUCCGUCAAUGGGUUCACAGUCAGCUGAUCUCCAGGUUGAGACGGACGCACGGACAGACGAUGUUGUGUGUCUUGGUGUGUGUGUUGUUUCUCUCGGCUCUCGUCCUCGGUGGUCCGACCGUCACUCAGCAACGCUCUGAUGUCCGACAGCAGCAGCUGGACCCUGAAGUGCACAUGAACAUCUCGGAGAUCAUCUGGAGGUGGGGCUACCCGGCUGAGGAGCACCAGGUUCUGACGGAGGACGGCUACAUCUUGACGGUGAACCGGAUCCCUCAUGGCCUGAAGCAGAAUGCAGGUCCGAGGCCCGCCGUCCUGCUCCAACAUGGCCUCCUGGCGGCCGGCUCCAACUGGAUCACCAACCUGCCCAACUGCAGUCUGGGAUAUGUGCUGGCCGACGCUGGAUACGAUGUCUGGAUGGGAAACAGCCGCGGAAACACCUGGUCCAGGAAACACCGAAGACUGAGUCCUCUGGAGGAGGAGUUCUGGAGGUUCAGUCAUGAUGAGAUGGCCCUGAAGGACCUUCCAGCGGUGGUGGACUACAUCCUGAAGAUGACGCAGCAGCAGCAGAUCUUCUACAUCGGACACUCGCAGGGAACCACCAUCGCAUUCAUAGCAUUCUCCACGCUGCCAGAACUGGCCAGUAAGAUCAAGCUGUUCUUCGGUUUGGCUCCCGUAGCAACCGUCGCCUUCACCGAAAGCCCCAUGACCAAACUGUCCUUCCUGCCCGACGCCCUUAUAUGGGACCUGUUUGGGAGGCGGGACUUCCUGCCUCAGAGUCACAUCAUUGAGUGGUUUGCGGAACACGUGUGUGGGAAACACAGCGAGUUGUGUGGAAACCUGUUCUUCGUUCUCUGCGGCUUUGACGAGAAAAACCUCAACAUGACUCGGACUCCGGUCUACACAACCCACUGUCCAGCUGGAACCUCCGUCCAGAACAUGGUCCACUGGGCUCAGGCGGUUCAUGGAGGGAAACUGAUGGCGUUUGACUUUGGACCUGCAGGAAACAUGGAACACUACAACCAGGUGAUCCGUCCCCCCCAGUACCACGUCCAGGACAUGAAGGUUCCCACCGCUCUGUUCUCAGGGGGACAGGAUACGCUGGCGGACCCUAAAGACGUGGCGCUCCUCCUCACCCAGGUGUCCAACCUGGUCUUCCAUCAGCACAUCCAACACUGGGAACAUCUGGACUUCAUCUGGGGGCUGGACGCUCCUGAGCAGAUGUUUCCCUCCAUCCUGAAGCUGCUGCAGGAGCAUCGCUAGAGAUGGUGGAGAAGAUGGAGAUGGUGGAGAUGGUUUAGAUGGUGAAGGUGUUGAUGAGGACCAGCAGCUCCUGUUGUAUUUUAUCGUGUAGAAGAACCAGCAGACUGAGUUUUAAACCCUCGAACAGUUAAAUCAGUUCCAGACUAAAACAUCUUCAAACCGUGGAUCACAAACAUCGACGUGUUUUAGAGGAAAAUGGAACUUUUUAGAAAAACCUGAAAUCGCUCCAGAUGAAUGCAGUACCAGCAAAGUAACGAAGUACAUUUACUCCAGUACUGAAGCUCUACCCAGCAGUUUCUCCGGGUCGUACUACUACUUUUUCCUCCUGAUCCAAAACUUUUAUUAGAAAACUUUUAAUGAUGCAGAUUUAAUCCAACAGAUGAUUAAGAAAUCCAGACUAAACCUGUGAUUUCUGAUCUUGGUGUCUUCUCAAGCUUAUUUUAAAUCAUUUUGUGGUUCUUUUAGUCUCUUUGAGGUUGUUUUAGCGUCUUUGAGGCUGUUUUAGUCUCUUUGAGGUUGUUUUAGCAUCUUUGUGGCUGUUUUCUGCCUGGUUGUGAGGAGGAGAUUUGACACAGCCGGUAAUAUUACAGACUUUCAAAAUCCAGACUGACAGCUGCAGAUUAAAUCGGUGGUUUCCUAAAUUUUUUGAAAAUAUUGUGAACAACUGAACCUGAUUUUAAAAACAUCCAAACAAAUGAAAAACGAAAAAUCAAGAACAGCGUCCAAAAAGCCAAACGAUAAAUGAAAUGUCCCAAAGUCUGGCUGAGAUCUGCAGGAUGCUGGAACAGGAAAUAUCCAUGUGUCUGACGGUGGACUGAAGUUUUGGAGCUGCUGAAUGUAAACGAAGAGUUUCUGUUUACUGAGAAACCAAACAUGAGCUGGAUUCAUGUGUACAGCUUCCUGUUUUACAGUGUAGCUGGUUUUAAUCACAUUCCUGUUUGUUCCUUCAUUUACUGAACAUCUGCACAUACGUGUACAUUUACUCAUUUAAUACGUGCCUUCAAAAUAAAACCAGCUGCAAAAAUUACAUUAAACUCUGUGAAAAACAAGCCUGGAGCAGGAAGUGUUUGAUGAUAUUAAAUCCAUCGCUUCCUGAUCAGCUGCUGAAAGAACUUCGUGUUUGUUCUGAAUUCAAUUCAAUUCAUUUAUUUAAAUAAAUUGAAUCCUGUGAAAUGUGACUUCAGCUGCUUUUAUUCUGACAACACUUUUACAAACUGUUGUAUCCUGUGUAAAACCCAUCACAUUAAAAUGACAGUUUGCUUUCAA